AAAAUGGAAUUUGAGGUUGAUAGGACCGUCACCUCGGUAUAUUUGAGUACCUACUACCUAGAACCAGCCACAUGGUGGGGGUAUUUGUGGCUUUCAAGUUUGUGUGUGUACAUGGUACUUACAGUCAACAAGGCACCAGACCCCGUCGCGAUCAACAUUGGAGCUCUUUGCCAACAUUGGACAUCGAACAUUUGAACUUACCAGCUCCAUACAAAAUACUUCCCUUCCUAUCGUGACAUCACAUUUGCCCAUCAUGUCACUCCUCUCAGCGCACUUUGAACAAAUAUCCAUAUCCUGUCAAGGAAUUGACAGUUUACCCUUUCCACCUUCUAAGAUAUUCACUAAUGCCCUCCUUGGUAACGACGACAUUACCUCAUUAAUCCGCGAUACCGAAGCUCAUGAACGGGCGCUCUUCUCCGUCCCUCCACCACCACCACCAUCCACAACUCAUAACAUAGACCCACCCAAACAAAGUGGGCGUCGUCAAACCGUGUUUAAUGUUGCCUCUGGCGAGGUCACUACGUCCGGUAGCAACACGGGGCGCAAUGCUGGUGCACAACGACGACACACGGCUGUGGCAGCUGUGCUAGGUGGCGACCUACACGACCAGAUCCGUCGCAGUGAACGACGUGGUGGCAAGGACGACAUAGAUGUCGAAAUACUCCUGACCGGCGCGGAGAAAUUAUGUAGUGUUUAUCCCUUACCUGGAGCACUGGAGAGAAUACCGGCGCUGCGCUCCAAGUACGCGCAUGCUCGAAACACGUUGGCGUAUUACGAGGCGAAAGUAGCCGAGCAGGCCGAGGCCCUAGGGCGCAUGAACAAGGAUCACUGGAUGGAUGAAGACGAAGAGGAAGAGGAUCUACAGCCCCAGGAAGAUGUUCUAACGGAGGAGGACCUAAGAAGAGAAGAGGAGGAGGUACGAGAGCUCGACAAGAAGAAGAAGGAAUUGCAAGAGAGAUUAAAGGCGAUGGAGAAGGACCUAGGUGGCUUGCUAAAUAUGUAAUGAGCCUACGCCUUUGAAGCUACCUAACUUAUGAUACCCCCCGGAGCCAAUACGGCUUAACGCCA